AUGGAUUCAGGGAGAUCUUUUACCGACAUGAUUAUGCAGGGCUUCACUCCAGCUGCAGUGUCCAACAAUAUCCCACUUCGUAAUGAUGUACAAGCACGCGAUGAGGUCGCUGCUGCGGUGAAAGGAAUUCAAAAAAGGUCCAAAAAUUUCACUGUAAAAAAGGACAAGAUGUUGGUGUCAGCAUGGCUAAAUGACUUUCCGGUACAACAUUGCUGGAAAAUUCUCAAAAACCAUUCAAAGUGGACGCAUAGGCGCCAGCAAAUUGAAGCUCAGAAACCAUUCAGCAAAAAGCAAAAGACCACUACCAGUUCAACUCCUGCUACUGAUGUAGCAGAACAUGUCACUGGGACUGUAGAUGAGACUCAUACUGCAAUAACCACAGUGGACAGGCCUACUAGGACUAAGAAGGAAAAACAGAAAUUAAAGCAGCGUUCCAGCAUUGAAGCUUUGGAUUAUUUAUUGGCAAAGAAGAAAGAGGUGGAUGCUGAGAAGGAGAUGAAGAAAGAGGAGAGGGAGUUGAAGAAAGAGGAAAGGGGGUUGAAGAAACAUGAGAUGCUCAAAAAGCCCUUGCUUUGCAGGAAGAAAGGAUAA